AUGAAACUGUUACUUACUUUCGGCCUAAUUUGUACUUUUGCCUUGUGCCAAGCGGAUCUCUUGACACCUGUCAAUCCGCAAGAUGGCAUCUAUCAGGCACCCCGUAUUUUUUACGGUUACGUUGCUCAGGCACGCCAAUUUCCGCACAUGUGUAGCUUACUUAACCGCAAAACAACCGGAUCGUAUACCCUUUGCGGUGGCUCAUUAAUUUCGCAAAAGCAUAUUUUGACGGCGGCUCAUUGUGUGAACAGUGUUGUUUCGACGACAGUUGGAUGCGGCACCGUUGAACGGAAUAAGCCUUAUUUGCAAGUCGUUUCGUCGAAAUUUAUCGCGCAUCCACAAUACAAUCCAACGACUUUAAAUAAUGACAUUGCAAUUUGGACCCUGCCUAUUACAAUUACUUAUGAUGCUUAUGUCAAGGCAAUUCGUUUACCAACUGUGGCUCAAGCAACUGUCAGUUUUAAUGGGGUAAUGACAACUGUUUCUGGAUUUGGUCGUUACAGUGUUUCAGUGUCUUCUUCUUCGCAAAUUCUUCGUUAUGUCAAUCUUCGAGUCAUUUCCAAUGCGGAUUGUGCAGUAAACUACGGAUCGCAUGUAAUUGUGGAUUCGUCAAUUUGCGCUCUCGGCUAUGAAUUUGAUGAGCAAAGUACAUGCAGCGGAGAUUCGGGAUCCCCGAUGAUCAUUCAAGAAGGUUCAGAAAAUACCCAAAUCGGGGUAACUUCGUUUGUAUCGUCGAAGGGAUGCGGAUCCGAUCGUCCUACAGGAUUUGUUCGUACAGCAUCUUUCUUGUUCUGGAUCAAUGAAGUUACGGGUAUUCCAGUUCGUUAUUCUUAAUUU